AUGGCCUGCUUUCGCUUUAGCCUGGCAACGCUCCUGAUGCUGCCGGCUUUGGCAGACUUUUUGGCACCAACUUCCAGCAGGAUUCUUCAACAAGAUUCCGGUCACAUUGAGCUCUGUCACGACUUUGACUACGCGCAAUGUUUGGGCGGUAUGUUCGGGCGCAACGUGACAGACAGUGUGAAGAGCUGCUGUGAGAGGCCAGUGCGGAAUGCCUGGCAAACGGUGAGGCAAGAGAUGCCAUGGUGGGGCUGGCCACUUCUGGCCCUGGGCGUUGUGGUUUUGAUCACCUGCUGUGUUACCUGCUUGGUACGCAUGGGAUGCGAUCUGCUGUGGAAGAUCAUCUGCUGUCCGUGCCGGAGCUGCUGUCGCUGCCUUUGUGGCAGCUCGAAGUGA